AUGUUUGGUGGUGUUUUUUUACAUGUGCUUCAAGUUCUCAUAAUUCAAUGUAGCAAGGAGGAGCCACUACCUUUUGGAUCAUGGGAGCCAAAGUUAACAACAGUUCCAAAAUGUCUCAAAUCCCAUUUGACAUAUAUUCACAUAGAAGGAUAUCAAGGAUUUGAAGAUGAGCUAGCAUUUGCUGAAUAUAUAUUGCAUAAUGGACAGAUUUUGGACACAAUGCUUAUUUCAUUUGAUACUUCAAUGGACCUCACAAACAAGUACUGCUCUUUCAAAAGAUUAACUGAUAUACCCAGGGGCUCUGUCACAUGCCAACUUAAAUUUGACUCCAAUGUGUCUCCUUAA